AUGGCGGCUGUGGGGCCUGUGGCAGACAACCAUGGUGCGUGGCUGAAGUUUGCGCCGAGUUGCAUGUCAGAUGAGCAAUGGGAGGUGGCGGCCAAAACACCCGAGGCAGUGCUUUCUCAUCGCUCAUGCCCUUGGGGUGGUCACCUCAUCAAGAUCGACUCAAAGAGCAUCUUCAUUCAGAAAGCUCCGGAAAAUCCCUGCGACGUCCUGGUGCGACCCGAAGUGCAAGCCACGUUUGAAGGCGAGAUGGAAAUGACUCUUAGGUGCUUGGAAACCCAUGCGCCUGGCGAUGCGCUUAUCGAACGGACCAAUUCCAUGUGGAUCCUCCGUUUCGCAGCCGUCCUUUUUGGCAGCUGUCAUGACUCCUUCGCGUACUGCUUCUAUCACAAGCUCCCUGUGUUGUCGCAACACCGGCUUUACAAGGAUUUCCCUGAGCCAGGAGACUGUACCUACUUCGCAUUAGAAGGCUUUUGGACCAUGCGCCGUGUGCCAGGUUCGGUCAGUCACUAUCGUUCGGUCCUCGUGUUCAAUACACCUGAAGACAAAUGGGCAACUUGGGCUUCACCAUUUUAUUCUGGUUUCACAAAUAUGUUCCACAAAGUAGCCGACAAAGUGUUGAACGGCCCCACAAUCAGAGACCUGCGAGCCACUGAUGCCAACAUGUACUCGGUCCUGACUCUGCAGAGCUUCAAUCGCGGGCACCCCAUGGUCCCGCAGAGCAAGCCUUGUGAAGACUCUGUCACUGUUGCAGCUGGCGAACAUCUCGGCUUGGUGUCUUGGACCCGUUUCAAACCUCAUGAGAAGUUCCACCUGAGUGAGUACAUGCGGGACUUUAUGGAGCGGCUCGGGCACCAGUUGCAGACGUAUGGGGUGAUGGAUGGCCGCAAGCUUGUUCGAUACCAGUGUGUGGUGGUCCGGCAGCAGUGGGAUGAGUUGAGGACACCUUUCUUUGAAGCCUUCCAGGUUCAGAAAGCAGCCUACCGCCGUGCAAAUGGAGGAACAACAGCACCAAGCUUGGUAGAAGAUGCUGCUCCACGCUUUGUUUUGCGUGAUUUCAGUUGCUGUGCUCAGCCAGUGGGCAUCAAAACCAUCGUGCGCAAGACCUUCAUUGAGAUUGAUGAAGGUUCAGACCAUUCUGCUGGCUGCCUCAAGCGAAGCAACUCGACAGAACAUGGCAAGGUGCCAAUGUUGGGUUUGGACAUGGAUGGGGCAGAUGGAUCUCAAGAUCAGCAGAAAGAUCGCAGGGCCAAUCCCAAGUUCAUGCUAGGCGUUUCUCGUGCAGAUCCAGAAAGCAUGGCGGCUGUGGGGCCUGUGGCAGACAACCAUGGCAGUGCUCUCUCAUCGCUCAUGCCCUUGGGUGGUCACCUGAUCAAGAUCGACUCAAAGAGCAUUUUCGUUGAAAAAACUCCAGAAAAUCCAUGCGACGUCUUGGUGCGACCAGAAGUGGAAGCCAGCAGAAACUCGGUUCUUUUCGGCAACUGUCAUCACUCCUUUGAGGACCGCAUCUAUCACAAAUUUCCCGUGUUGUCACAGCACCGGCUGGACAGAGAUUUUCCCGAACCGGGAGGUGCCGCAUACUUUUCAGCAGAAGCAAUGUGGAUCAAUGCGCUGUUUGCCAGAUUCUUCGCACCGUCGCUACCGUUCGACCCUUGUGUUCGGCACGCCGGAAGACAAAUGGGCAACUUGGGUUUCGCCGCUUUUCCCUGCUUUCACUUAUAUAUGCUCCACAGCACUGUGGAGAGAGUGCUGAACGGCCCCAACAUUCGGGACCUGCGAGCCACUGAUGCCAACAUGUACAUGUACUCGGCCCUGACUCUGCAGAGCUUCAAUCGCGGGCACCCCAUGGUCCCGCAGAGCAAGCCUUGUGAAGACUCUGUCACUGUUGCAGCUGGCGAACAUCUCGGCUUGGUGUCCUGGACCCGUUUCAAACCUCAUGAGAAGUUCCACCUGAGUGAGUACAUGCGGGACUUUACGGAGCGGCUGGGGCACCAGUUGCAGACGUAUGGGGUGAUGGAUGGCCGCAAGCUUGUUCGAUACCAGUGUGUGGUGGUCCGGCAGCAGUGGGAUGAGUUGAGGACACCUUUCUUUGAAGCCUUCCAGGUUCAGAAAGCAGCCUACCGCCGUGCAAAUGGAGGAACAACAGCACCAAGCUUGGUAGAAGAUGCUGCUCCACGUGUUGUUUUGCGUGAUUUUAGUUGCUGUGCUCAGCCAGUGGGCAUCAAAACCAUCGUGCGCAAGACCUUCAUUGAGCUUGAUGAAGGUUCAGACCAUUCUGCUGGCUGCCUCAAGCGAAGCAACUCGACAGGUGCCAAUGUUGGGUUUCGAAUGGUUUCGAUAUGGACGCGCUCCAGAGAUUGCUGUGCAGAUGUUGAAUCCGUAGAGGCACAGCAAUGGGACACUGGAGGCUUCACUUCGGUCAGAGGCAUGGCAGAUGUAGCGCCGACAGACAACUAUGGUGCGUGGCUGAAGUUUGCGCCGAGUUGCAUGUCAGAUGCCCAGUGGGAGGUGGCCGCUGAAACGCCCGAGGCUGUGCUUUCUCAUCGCUCAUGCCCUUGGGGUGGUCACCUCAUCAAGAUCGACUCAAAGAGCAUCUUCAUCCAACAAGCUCCGGAAGAUCCCACCAGCGUCAUGGUACGCCCUGAAGUUCGGGCGAUGGUGCCCCCGGGCCUGGGCAGGGCGUCUGGCUGCGAGGUGGAUCUGCAGCACCUCGAAACCUAUGCGCCCGGUGAUGCCUUGAUCCAUCGCAGAAAUUCCAUGUGGAUCCUGCGCUUAGGCGCUGUCCUUUUCGGCAGCGGUCGUCACGCCUCUGAGGACCGCAUCUAUCACAAGUUCCCCGUGUCGUCGCAACACCGGCUUUACAAGGAUUUCCCUGAGCCAGGAGAUUGUAGCUACUUUGCAUUGGAAUCCGUGUGGAUCCUGCGCCGUGUGCCAGGUUCGGUGAGUCACUAUCGUUCGGUCUGUGUGUUCACUACACCCGAAGACACAUGGGCAACUUGGGCUUUGCCCCUUUUCCCUGCUUUCACUCAUAUGCUCCACAACGCUCUGGAUAGAAUGCUUAAUGGUCCCUCGAUAAGGGACAUGCGGGCCAUUGAUGCAAACAUGUACCUGGUCCUCUCACUGCGAAGCUUCAAUCGUGGACACCCAAUGAUUCCUGCCAAUGACCCUGCUUCGGAGGAAUCUUUCAACAUUUCGGCAGGCGAACAUCUCGGCUUGGUGUCUUGGACCCGUUUCAAGUCUGAUGAGAAGUUCCACUUGAGCGGGUACAUGCGGUGCUUCAUGGAGCGGCUGGGGCACCAGUUGAAGACAUACGAGGUGAUGGAUGGCCGCAAGCUCGUCAACUACCAGUGUGUUGUCGUGCGGCAGGAGUGGGAGCAGCUGAGAACAUCUUUCUAUCAGGCUUUCAAGGUGCAGAAAGCAGCCUACCGCCAUGCCAACGGGGGAACUUCCACACCAAGCUUGGUAGCCGAUGCUGCUCCACGCUUUGCUUUGCGCGAGUUCAGUUGCUGUGCCCAGCCACAGGGCAUCAAAACUGUCGUGCGCAAGACCUUCAUUGACCUUGAUGAAGAUUCAGACGAUUCCGCUGACUGCCUAAAGCGAAGCAACUCCACCGGUGAAGUAAUGACCUUGUACUUUGUAUAGGGAGUUGCACUUUGUUGCAGCAUGUUGCAAUGGAAUAAUUUGAUACCUCGCAGACUUGUAAAGCGAUGUAAAGGGUAGUUCUGCGAAACACAUCUUUUUUUGGUACAGUCAGGGUGCGGGAGUUGGUUUCAUACUUUCUUAAAGCCACCGCUCGUGAGAACACCCCUGGGCCCUGUCCUGCCAGAAUGUGGCGCUGUGUCGGGAAAUUUUGAUGUGUUGGAUCAGGGAUCGGCACUGUGAGGUAUGAAAU